AUGGGCGCCCAAACAUCUCGCGUAAAAGGCUGCUUGUCUCGACUAGACUGUCGACAAUUGGAUUGUUCCGCCAUGGUGGAAGACUAUCGCCAGAAAAACUCCAAUUUUCCAAGUGACUCCAAGAACAACAAAAAGAAUGACCAAAAUGAAGAUGACAAUAAGAAGAAUGAAAAAGGAGAAAAGGAAACCAAGAAAAAGAAAGAUGAACCAAUUGAUCUAGAAGAUGAUAUUCCGUUGAUGGGUCUAAACAGUGAUGGAGAUGAUGGAGAUGUGAGUCACAAUCCCGAAGCUUGGACUCCUCUCAACAUGGAAGCCAUCGAAAUGCCCACUCCAGCCAACAACACUAGUAAUACAACCAACAUUCACAAUAUGGACACUUCCGAACAAACACAGAGCACACAACAGUCCAAACGAUCUCAAUCCAACCGAAACAAUAGAAACAACAAAAAGAAAAAGAAAAAAUCAAACAACAACAACAAUAAUAAUACAGAAAUGGACGACGAUUCGUUUGCCAAUCGAUCCAUGUUUCAGAAUCUGGAUGCCAAUGGAUUCCAAAUGGCAAAUACAAAUACAAAUACAAACACAAACAAUGCAAACAACAGUCUGCUCAAUUCUACUCCAGAGAAUGCUACUGAACCACCAGAGACCAACCAUUCAGAUGCUGAUGCUGAAAAAGAACAACCACCACCACCCAAGACAACAACAACCACAAACAAACCAAAACCCAAAAAGAAACCAUCUUCCAAAAGUGCGGGAGGUUCAGGUACAGGUCGAGGCACGGGAAAGAAAACAAAGUCAGGUCGGGGGCACAACAAACCCAAAUCUACCAAUGGUAGCAGUAGUGCUUCCAAAAGUGGUAGUACCGUCAAAGAAGAAGGAGAAGGAGAAGAUGCAACGUCAGCCAGACAAAGUAAUGCAAAGGAGGACACGAUGAGUACUGCAACACCGGCGUCUUCCACUGCGACACCCAGAAAGAAGAAGAAAAAGAAAGUCGCGAAAUCACCGGCAGCAGCAGCUGACAACAACGACGACAAUCAGGAGUAAGCAGGGGGACAACGAGUGGUUCAUGUUUCACCGUGACGUUGUGCAUGUACGCGGCUGUCACGAUACCGUACAGUAGAUAUCGAGUUCGAGGAGGUGCAAAAAAAAAGUCGAGAACCACAUUCGCACCGCUCUGGUGGUGUUCCGACAACAACAACAAAACGGUGGGUGUUAUCACUUCCAUGUUAUGGCUUUGAUUCACCGAAUGAUUUGAUUUGAUUUGGCGUAAAGUGCGUUGCUUACCGAGGUUCUGGACGUUUGACAUUGGGGGGGUCGAACAAGCAAACGAUAUCAUUCAAUUCAUGCGUGAGGUUUUCAAGCAAACAACGUUGUAUUUUUAAUAAUUUGUACUAUAGUAGAAAGAAACAUGUCGAGUCGAGUCGAGUCGAGUCGAGUGCAUCGUGAAAUGGUUUGGUACUGGUACAGUA